AUGGCUUCACCCGCUACCAAUGUUGCUCAGUCCGUAGAGCUUGGCGAGUUAGACGACGGCACUUUCGAGCACCUACCUUCUACAACAAUUGCUGAAACAAUCUGGGCCAUAUCCUAUUUCAUCUACACUGGCGACAACGAGGUGCGAUUUACUCGGACUACUGCCAAGCGCUUGAACAAUUCUCGCAGUGAUGUUGCCAGUAGAAAGUGGCUGUCAUGUAUCAGAAGCUACCAGGUGGACCUAAACGCAACACCGGCCGAGAUCGCGAAAUCGGGCCGUGAAAUGGCGCCAGAAAUUAGAGAAGAUGCCCAAGAACAUCAGACUGGUCCCUCGUCGCUUGCUUUGACACAGAUCGUAAGACAGACUGAGCUCCUCUUUGCUCAAGGAGAUGAAGUCUCAGAGUGGAGGGACUAUGCUAAAAGAAAUAACCCGCAUUCGAUGAUAUUUUGUGUCUCUAUGGUGGAGAGCCUCGCCAAAGGCAUCCUUUUCGCAAACAGCCACGAACUUCAGGAAAAACUCGCAGAUAUCGCAGACACUUUGCAACAAGUUAGCGAGCUGGUCCAGAAGAACUGGUCGUCUCCCCUAAGCCAGUUGAGUUUCAUGGGUCCAGCUAACUGGAAUCGCAUAACCCGAUUAGCCCCAACGCCAGUUGCGGUCGGUGAAUCUGUGAUGUGUGACAUAUUGGACUACCAACGCCAGGUCCGACCGGAAUGCAUUGCUGUAGAUGCAUGGGAUGGUAGCUUUACUUAUGCUGAACUUCAUUCAUAUUCGCUUCGAAUGGCUACGUUGCUACUGCAGAGAGGAGUUACGCCAGAAGAGAGGAUUGGUAUAUGUAUAAAGAAGAGCAAAUGGGCCGCCAUCGCCAUCUGGGGCACUCUUCUAGCCGGUUGUACUUGUGUAACUAUCGAAAUACGAAAUACUCGGAAGCGCAUGGAGACCAUUCUCAAACAAGUUGGCGCUCGAUUCGUCGUGGCAGACGAAUUCACAGCGCCAGUCAUGGAUACCUUGGGGUUGCGUACACUUCGCUGCCAGUCUGAUGCCCUUGAGGCCAUCGACGCUUCAAACUCCGCCCUCGCAUGGCCAGAGAUUCUACCAUCCACUAUGGCGUAUAUUAUCUUCACCUCGGGAAGUACGGGAAUCCCGAAGGGCGUGAUGGUGGAUCAUGGUCCUUUAUACCAAUCAACAGUUGAACUCGCCGAAGCUUUUCACGUCGAGGAAACGUCCAAGUUCUUCCAAUAUUCUGGCUUUAGCUUUGACGUCGCUAUGUCCGAUAUGUUUACAACCAUGCUGAAAGGAGGAUGUCUCUAUAUUCCUUCUGAAGAGGACCGACUUGACAAUCUUUCCCUCGUCUUGGGGGAGAGCAAGGCCACCCACGCUACCCUCACAAGCACUGUCAUGAUGCAGAUCCGGCCGGAAGACACGCCUCAUCUUCGAUACGUCAUUGCAGUGGGGGAAAGCCUCUCUCGAGAGAACUUUCGCCGUUUAAGUCCUCAUAUGCGGGUUAUGUCGUCGUGGGGAACCACUGAAACGGUCUUGUUCGAUACCGUUGCGGAACCAGAACAUCUGGCUUCUGACUAUUACAACGGCGGAUUGCCAAAAGGACCCUGUGUUUGGGUGGUGGAGCCAUCCGACCCAAGCAAGCCGAAGCCUAUUGGCGCCAUUGGAGAACUCAUGGUUGAAGGGCCCUUGGUCACCAGAGGAUAUGUGGGAGAUUCAGAACGCACGGCACAGAAGCUCAUCCAAGCUCCAUCGUGGCUGAAGAGCUUUCGAGGCAAGCAGGAGGAGCAUCUCUGCUUUCUGACUGGGGAUCAUGGGGUCCUCAACGGUGAUGGUACGGUGUCCUACGCUGGCCGUGGAGAUAGGCAGGUAAAAGUUCGUGGGCAACGAGUGGAACUUGGGGAAAUCGAACAUGCUAUCCGUGUUGUUGAGCCCGUUCUUGACCAGGUCGCCGUUGAAGCCGUCAAACUUCAAACAAGAAAUAACUCCCAGGCACUGGUGGCCUUUGUAAGUCAACGGGAUAGGUGCCAUCAGGAGUCGUUAUCGGAGCUCCUGCCUAUGGAUGAAGAAUCUAAACGGAUUUUCCGAGUUGUCCAGUCCAGGCUGCUGGAGUAUCUGCCUCGCUACAUGGUGCCAUCGACUUUCAUUCCUGUGCCGGCAUUGCCCAAAACUAUGACCGGAAAGAGUAAUAGGAAAGCCCUCCAGCAGUGGGGAGCAUCAUUGUCCGAAAAACAACUUUCGAGCUACCAGUUGCGUGAUACACUAAUAUCUCGAUCACCUGCAACACCUGACGAAGAGCUGCUUUUGCGGAUAUGGGCGGGCUUGCUGCAGAUCCCUGAGACUUCCCUAGGUGCCGAGGAUAACUUUUUCCAGAUUGGCGGCGAUUCGGUCAAGGCAAUCGAGUUGGUCGCAGCACUUCGAGAUUGUGGCCGAGCAUUGACCGUUGCCCAGGUCUUCCAGAACCCCCAGAUGAGCAAUCUAGCAAAUUUCUUAGAAUAUGUCAACGAGGCGUCAGCAGAUCACAAGUCACCCGAACCUUUCGAAUUACUUCCCGGCUUUGUUAACGAGCAGGGUGCUGUGCAAGAGGCUGCUCGGGUUUGCCAGGUCGGGGAGGACAUGAUUGAAGACAUCUAUCCCACCACGCCUAUGCAGGAAGCAUUGAUGGCCAUCUCUGCACAUCGCUCUCGCACAUACACCCAUCGAGCAAUAUUCAGAAUACCAGGAUCUCUGGAUAUGGCUCGCUUUAAACAGUCUUGGGAAAUUUUGGUGUCCGAGCAACCAAUUCUUCGAACGCGGAUCAUCGCCUUGCCUAGUGCAGGAACAAUGCAGGUAGUUCUGCGGGAGGGCGUAGAGUGGCAUACCAAUUUGACCUUGGAUGCGUUUGUUGAACAUGAUGACGAGACAACAUUCAGGUAUGGGUCGGCUCUUAGUCGUUAUGCGAUCGUCCGUAAUGACACGGACAAUCUCUUCUUCGUUUGGAGUAGUCACCAUGCCAUUUCCGAUGGAUGGUCCAGACCCGCUAUGUUCAAUGAGCUCAAAUAUAUCUAUCACCACGGCAUCGCUCACCUGCAAAAGCCCUAUUCUUUAUUCAUUAGCUACCUCAACCGGCUCAAUCUGCCAGAGUCUAGCGAAUUCUGGAAGGACCAAUUUCCAGAUAUAGUUGAAGGAUUCCCUCGGUUGCCCAGUCCCGACUAUGUCCCCCAAGCACAGCAAAAACGGUCUUUGAGGAUCGACCUGCACCGGGAAACCGCUUCCCAGAUCACUACGACCUCCUUGGUUCAGGCGGCAUGGGCUUUUGUCACUGCUACUUACGCAGAUGCGGAUGAAGCUGUAUUUGGCCUGACUCUAUCUGGACGAGAUGCUCCGGUUCAAGGAAUUACCCGAAUGAUGGGUAUCACGAUUACAACAGUCCCCGUCAGGGUAAUCUUGGAUAACACCAUGACUAUCUUGGAAUAUCUGGAAGAAGUACAGCAAUACAUAUUGCAGGUAAAGCAGCACCAGCACGUCGGCCUUCAACAAAUCUAUCGUUUGAGUUCGGAGGCGCGAUCUGCCGCCAACUUCCAGAACCUGCUCGUCGUCCAACCUACAAGUGAGGAGGAGGACUACAGAGGACUUCUUGAUAUGGGGUUAGAGCUUUCCCAACGGGAGGAAAGGGAUACUGGCAACCACGCAUUACUAGUUCAGUGUGUCAUAAACGAAGAAAGCCGCUUGUUGCAGGUGGACGCAUACUUUGAUGACAAGUGCAUUUCUGUCCAGCAAGUGGAAUGCAUGUUGUACCUUUUCGAGCACAUCCUUGGGCAACUGGCCUCCGAAUCCACUGGCCGUUCCCUGUACGAUUUGGAUAGAAUGUCACCUCACGACCUGGGUCUCUUGGGCGAAAUUAAUGGUCAGAUGCCUCUGGCCGUAGAACGCACAUUACACGGGUUAUUCCAAGAGCGAGUACGGGAGUCACCUGACGCCGUUGCACUUGAUGGAUUCGAUGGCCAGCUCACGUACGCUGAGUUAGAUCGCAUAUCCGAUCAACUAGCGCACCAUAUUCAUCUCAAUGCUGGUGUCGGGGUCGAAUCACGCGUGGUCCUGUGCUUUGCAAAGUCUACGAUUCCCGUUGUUGCCAUUCUGGGUACCUUGAAAGCUGGGGGUGUUUGCAUCUCAAUCAACCCUGAACACCCUACUGUCCGCUUGAUAGAACUCUGCGAAGAGGUUGAAGCUGAUAUCGUACUUUGUGACGAGGCAAAUGUGGAUCGAUUUCAAAGCCACGUAGCUCACGUACUGGGCAUCACAAACUCUCUGCUGCAGGAGUUCAAAUCGGCUACUGUAUCCCGUCCAGACCUCGCUACAGUAUUACCGAGCAAUGCUUCAUUUGUCAUUUUCACGUCGGGCAGUACUGGUAAGCCAAAAGCAUCAGUUUUAGAGCACCGUUCUUUGGCCACAGACUUGAUUGGGCUAGGCGAGCGGGUAUGCUGGAGUCCGCAGUCCCGAACGCUGCAAUUCUCGGCAUAUACAUUCGACGCACAUAUAGUGGAGAUAAUCGGAACGUUGAUACAUGGUGGCUGCGUGUGCAUCAUCUCCGACCACGAGCGUAUGAACUUUCUUUCUGAUGCGAUUAACGAACGACGUGCCAACUGGGCGCUACUCACAAAGACUGUCUCCCGUCUGUUGGAGCCAGAAGAGGUUCCUACACUAAAACACCUCAUUCUAAGCGGCGAGCCCAACGGACGUCAAGAUUACUGGCGAUGGGCAACUCAUCUACGACUGCUCAACGGCAUGGGCCCAUCUGAGUGUACACCUUUGGUCUGCGUGACCCGGCCCGUGACACCAACCGAUGAUCCAGCCAACAUUGGGUCUGCUGUUGGUUGUCACCUCUGGGUUACAGAUCGCCGCCGACAGGAUCGUCUUGUGCCGAUCGGCUGUGUCGGUGAGCUUUUGGUUGAGGGCCCCAUAGUGGGUCGAGGAUACGUGAACAGGCCGAAGGAGAAUACAGCUGCCUUCAUCCACAACCCGGCAUGGUCCCAGGAUGGAUCUGGACGAUCUAGGAGAUUCUACCGCUCAGGCGACCUGGCCAAGAUGAAUGUGGAUGGAAGCAUUGUCUUCAUUGGUCGUGCCGAUGGUCAAGUGAAGAUACAUGGCCAGCGCGUCGAGUUGGGAGAGAUCGAAGAUCACAUUCGUCGUUGCAACCCUUCCUUUCCAACUAGUGCUGUUGACGUCCUCAAGUUUUCUCGUCGGGGAGGCACAAGUGCAUUAGCUGUCUUCUGGAUCCAUGACAGAAAUGGACAAGCCGAAAGUUCAAAUGGUGCUGAUGUCGACAGAGCUACACUUUGCAUGGAUGAUAACACAGUCUCCGAGUCCCAAAAAGUGCAAGCUAGGCUUGCAGACCUUCUUCCGCAAUAUAUGGUACCUAGUAUAUUCAUUCCGGUUAGGUAUUUGCCAUUCAACGCGUCGGGAAAGCUGGAGCGACGAAAACUCCGCGAAUGGGUGGCAGCACUGGACACCCACGAACUCGGAGACUAUUUCCUGUCGAGCCGCACAAAAUCGCGUCCGCCAGAAACUAAUAUGGAGAAGCGACUACAAGCGCUAUGGGCCAAGGUUCUUGACGUACCCAUGAACACCAUUAGUGCUCGCGAGAACUUCUUUCGCGCAGGAGGGGAUUCUGUACUGUCUAUAAAGCUCAUUGCCGACGCACGAGCUGAGGGCAUUGCCAUGACUGUGGCUGACGUCUUCCGGAUGCCUCUCCUCGAGGAUAUGGCCCUUACCAUGUUGGAUUUGAGCAAGGUCAAGGCCAAGAUGGCCAUUACAGACACGGACGUGGAGCCAUUCUGGUUGAUCAAGGACCAGAUAUCGCCGCCCACGGCCAUUAAAGAGGCAGCUGAGGACUGCAACACUACUCCUGAACUUAUCGAGGAUAUUUACCCCUGUACACCGAUACAAGAGGCGCUAAUGGCAGCUUCAUCUCACCAGGCGGAGGCGUACACUUACGACGUCAUCCUGAGACUACCAAGAUCUAUGGAUCUCGGGCGAUUUAAGUCUUCUUGGGAGAAGCUUGUGACCGCACAUGCCAUUUUCCGCACCCGCAUCGUCUUUAAACGGGGAAUCGGUUCCUUGCAAGUGGUCUUACGCUCUACGAUCACCUGGCAUAGCAUCAAGGGAAUACCGGUAGAUCGCUACCUUGCGCAGGAUCCGCCUCUACUCGUUGAAUAUGGAAGCGAGUUAUGUCGAUUCAGCCUCAUUGAAAGCGACGGCGAGACUGUGUUUGUCGGAAAGUUUCACCACGCUCUCUAUGACGGUUGGUCGCUUAUGCGUACAUACGAAGCAUUUGGUUGUAUUUUUCUCCAUGGCGCCUUACCACAACCCGCAAUCCCCUACAACAGAUUCCUGUCAUACCUCUCCGCCACAGAAGCCGAUAAAUCAGAUGCUUUCUGGAGGUCCCAAUUUACCACCAUUGUCGAGACCUAUCCCCGGUCGCCAUAUGGCCAUACCCCUCGCCCAGGACAGAGUAGAUCCGCAACAAUCCCUUUCAAACGCAGGUUAACAUCUGACGUGACCGCGGCGACAGUGAUACAGACCGCUUGGGCACUGCUUAUGGCUCUGUACACUGGCAAUGAAGCCGACGUGAUCUUUGGUCAAACAUUCUCCGGACGAGACGCGCCGGUUGAUGGGAUCACACAUAUCAUUGGCCCGACUUUGACAUCGGUUCCCGUCCGAGUGCCAUUGGAAUGGGAUUCGACUGUCGCAGAUCUGCUAUGUAGUGUGCAGAAAAUCACUGCUGAUAUUCGGAAGCAUCAGCAUGUUGGUCUGCAGCACAUCCGUCGUCUCAGCCCCGAGGCCAAAGCCGCUACAGAGUUCCAGAACCUCUUGAUAGUCCAUACUAUGGGAGACGCGGAAAUCACUUCUCCUAUGAGCUCGCUCGGUAUCGAGAUCGUCAAGAGCAAAGCUGAGGAGUCUUCGGAUCUGGCUCUGACGGCUGAAUGUACUAUCAUGCAGCCAGAUAUACUACAUACGCUCAUAACUUACGACGCUGUGCUUGUGCCGGACCAACAAGUGGAAUUGAUGCUGCGUCAGCUUGAGCAUACAGUAUCCGUGCUCCUUGAAGAAUCCAGUUCGACGAAACUUCGAAACCUCGACUUGGUCUCUCCGUGCGACCUCGAUCAUCUGAUUGGGUGGAACAGGGUGACAAAGUAUGCAAAUGAGACAUUGCACGAGCUGGUGGAAGCUCAGGCACGAGCCACCCCUGAUGCCGUUGCAACUUCUGGCUUUGAUGGAGAAUACACCUACCAGAAACUUGAUGCCACUGCUGAUAGAUUGGCAGCCUAUUUGGGCUCGAAAGGGGUAGGUCCCGAGAAGCGUGUUGUGCUCAGCUUCAGAAAGUCGACAUGGCCCAUUAUUGCCAUGCUGGCGGUGCUGAAGUGCGGCGGCGUCUGUGUGUCCGUCAACUUCGAACAUCCUUUGAGCAGGCGAUUGGAUAUCGUUCAGGACUUGGAGCCGGUGGUAAUAUUAUGUGAUUCUGAUCAGGAGACGGAGUACUUGCAACAUCACCAGCAGAUCGUGACCGUGAACGAUGCUCUAUUUGACGAUAAAAUAUCCGAGGGGCCUUCGGAUUGGAUGCGACCAAAGGUUCGGCCGGAAAACGCGGCUUUCAUCGUCUAUACCUCUGGCAGCACAGGAAAGCCAAAAGGCUGCAUACUUGAGCACCAUGCAGUCUGUCUAUCUCAGAAAAUAAAUGCACGUACGAUGAGAAUCACACGACAGACAAGGGCUCUUCAAUUUGCCACAUACACAUGGGAUCCCAGCAUCCUCGAAAUCUUUGGAACCUUGAUACAGGGUGGAUGUGUGGUUGUCAUCUCAGACGACGAGCGUAUGAACAACUUGACAGAGGUCAUUAAUGCUCGAAGAGUGACAUGGACCUUCCAGACCCCCACAGUUGCUCAGGUGAUUAGCCCAAAGGCAGUACCGACCUUGGAGACGGUUGUAUUUUGUGGCGAGCCCCUUACGCAGAAAGUAGUACGGCGCUGGUCUGCGGACACCAAUGCGCAGCUGAUCAACUUCUAUUCUGCGGCCGAAACUGCCAACAUUGGGACCAUAAACUUCAACCCCGACGCGCAGGAUGGACUCAUAAGCAUUGGAAAAGCUAAUGGGUGUGGCCUGUGGAUUGUGGAUCGUAACAACUCGGAUCAGCUCGUCCCUGUCGGUUGCGUCGGUGAGCUUCUGAUCGAGGGUCACGCAGUUGUUAGAGGUUAUUGGAGACGACCGGAAGCCAAUAACGCUGCUUUCAUCGAAAACCCUCUCUGGUCGAAAUCGCAAGCAGAGGCGCCCCAGAGUCGACGCUUCUACAAGACGGGAGAUAUCGCCUAUUUCAAUCCAGAUGGCAGUGUUCAGCUGCUAGGAAGGGCCGAUAAGCAAGUCAAGAUCCGUGGCCAGCGCGUUGAGCUUUCGGAGAUUGAGUAUCAGAUUCACCAGCAGCUGCCCCAGGGUAGCGAAGUCACUGUAGAUAUUGUGGACUGGGGUACUUCGACGUUGACUUCAUUUAUCAGACUGCCGACAUUCGCUUUCCACCAUCAAGAGGAUGGCCUCUUAGUAGUUAGGAAGGAAGAACUCGAGCAUUUCCAGGAAGUUGUGAAGAACCUCCUGCAGUUGCUGCCUGAAAAGCUUCCUCAAUACAUGGUUCCGUUGGUUUUCGUACCGGUUUCGAUGACACCGAAGUUGGCGUCGACCAAGACAGACAGAAAGCGUCUUAAGGAAUUCGCACAGAGCCUACCAAAGGAUGAAUUUGUCAGUGGCGGCUUGAGUGUUGCAAAAGAACCACCCCGCGACAACGUUGAAGCCAUCCUGCAGCUUGUUUGGUCGCAGAUAUUGAAGCAAGAUCUGGAUGAUAUUGGCAUCCAUGAUAGCUUCAUAUCGCUAGGCGGUGACUCGAUCAUCGCAAUGCAGUCCGUGUCAGAAUGUCGCCGACUGGGUUUGAAGCUUCUUGUGUCAACCAUUCUGAAAGAAAGGACGAUCGCCGCGAUCGCUCCUCUCUGCACGCCUCUCCACUUCUCUAUUGAGCCUGGUUCGAAGUCAACCACGCUCAAAGAGGAGCUAGCCCACCCAAAGAGGUUUCCAUACUUGGACGUAGCAGAUAAAGAGCUGGAAAGUUUGCUUUCUGAGCUCAACAUUAUACUCGAGCUCGGCGGUUGCGAAGAUGAAGUUGAUAUUAUCGAAGACAUAUACCCAUGCACGAUCAUGCAGGAGGGGAUCCUCUUCAGCCAACAAAAAGACAGCGAGGCAUACCAGAUCGAAUGUGUCUGGGAGUUCACAGAUCAUGCGUCUCUCAAGGAUAACCUCCCGCAACGGAUGACACAAGCAUGGAAUACCAUAAUCCAGAGGCAUACCAGUCUGAGGACAUGUAUCAUCGAGCAUGCUACUGAACAGAAGCAGUUUGUCCAAGUUGUGCUCAAAAACCACCCGCACUCGAGAUUUACUAUAGCAGAGGAACUGAUCGAUACCACCUCGGAGACCCCGGCUUUUCAUGAGUGUGGGCAGAAUGACUUGUGGCCAUAUUUGCCUCGGCUCGCAUUAUUCUGUACUGCAAAUGGACGGGUUGCAUGCCGCCUUAAUAUCAGCCACGUUCUUGUCGAUGGUAUUUCAGUCGACCUCUUCAUAAACGAGCUCUUACAAUUGCUGGUAGGAAGUGAUCUGGGAUCGUCGGCAAUGGACUUUGCGGCGUAUAUCAACUACGAACAGAAUUUGGAACAAGAUCAGAGUAUCAAGUACUGGGCCGAUUUCCUCAAGGAGGUCCAGCCUUGCCAUCUUCCUACACUUGAGCGCGGUAUGAAGAGACACUCAGAGUCGCGGGAAUACGACUACAUAACACUCUCGGAGGAUGCAGCUAAUAGCCUCGCACCAUUUUGCCAGCGGCUGGGCAUAACCCAAGCUGUCUUGAUACAGACGGCUUGGGCUAUUGUGCUCGGAGUUUUCACUGAUCGACAAGAUGUCUGCUUUGGAUAUAUUGCCUCAACACGUGACUCUCCUCUCGAUCGCAUCCAAGAGACAAUCGGCUUGUUCAUAAGCAUGCAGGUAUGUCGUGUGCAGAUAGACGGCAUCGCCAAAGAUCUAUUGCGAAAAGUGCAGAGUGAUGUGAUUGGCGGCUUAGACAGCCGCCACUGUUCACUUGCUCUGAUCCAGAACAUGCUAGGCCUGAAAGGAGUGCCGCUCUUCAACACCUGUGUGACAAUUAGAGGAGCAAUUGAUGCAACUACCUCGACACAGAGAGCUGGUCUGAUCAAAACAAUAACUGGAGUGGCGAAAACAGAGUUCGCCAUCAACCUGGAUGCAACUAUCACCCCUUCGGGAGCUGAAAUCAGUAUGACAUACCAGAAAAGUAUGGUGUCACUGGAAUAUGUCAACAGUAUUGCCGGGUCACUGGAAAUCGUUCUGCAAGGCCUUUUGAAAGCAGAAAAUCAACCGGUCUGCUGCCUAGAAGUUGUAGGACGGCACGACCGCACAACACUUGAGCAGUGGAACUCAUCACCGCUGGAGAGCGUCGAUGCCACUCUCCAUGGCCUUUUUGAGCAACAGGCACGAGCAACGCCUGACGCUCUUGCCAUUCACAGUCUCGAUGGGCAAUACACAUAUGCCCAACUCAACACUAUGGCCGAGAAGCUUGCUGGGCUCUUGAUGGCGCGCGGAGUGAAACCUGAAGAUCGGGUUGUGCUCUAUUUCGCAAACUCAUCCUGGCUCCUUAUCUCCAUGCUAGCCACACUGAAAAUUGGUGGUAUCUGUGUUCUAACCCCGCCAGAAGUGGCCAGCGGUCACUUGUUGGAAAUUUGCAAGGACACGAAACCGCAUCUUGUACUCUCCGAUGAUCAAAAUGCACCUCGGUUCCAUGGCCAUGCGUCUCAUGUCAUAUCAAUCAACGAGAGUCUGUUUGAACAGCUCAAGGUGCAACAUAAAUGGACAUCACCAACUGUGCAGCCGACCAACGCAGCUUUUGCGGUGUAUGCAUCUAGACACAACGGGGAGCUUCAGGGGUGUAUAUUUGAGCACCACUCGGUCUGCAAGAGCCAGCUCGAAAAUAUCAGGGCUUUCAACAUUACAAAGUCCACUCGAGCUAUUCAGAUUUCCCUCAAUUCACAGUGUAGCAGCAUAGGCGAAAUGUUUGCUCCACUGCUUGCCGGGGCCUGUGUCUAUGUUACUUCAGACGACGAGUGCAAAGGUGACUUAGCGAGGCUCAUCAAUGAGAAGAAGGCAGAAUGGAUAAUGCUUCCAUCUGCGAUGGCACGGUGUCUACUACCGUCAGAUGUGCCGACUAUAAAGACGCUCAUACUCAGCGGCAAAUCUCUUAGCCAACAAGCUGUUGAGACUUGGCAUGGAAAUGGCGUACAUCUUGCCAGCUACUGGACGCCAUCUGAAGGCUUUGGCUCUGUCUGCAUUAACACGGAGGUCGCCGUUCACACUGACCCCAUGCAAAUUGGUCGGGCGAGUGGUUGCAGAAUUUGGAUCACUAGACGAGACAGGCCGCAGAACCUUCUGCCUAUUGGUUGCGUAGGAGAGAUACUCGUCGAAGGACCGAUGAUAGGUCGUGGCUAUGUCGACAAGCCGGCGAUCACAGAGGCGGAUUUCGUGACUGACCUGAACUGGUCCAACGACGGACUUGGUCAUUCUCGAAGGUUCUAUCGAACUGGUGAAUUGGGCCAGUUUGAGCCCAAUGGUAGUGUCAUUCUGGUUGGACAGCCUGGCGAUUUGGUGGAUAUCCAAGGGCGGCGAGUAGGCCUCAACCGGAUAAGACACGAAAUCACCGAGAGUUUAGCCCCGGGAAGCGAAGCAGCCGUUCUAGUGGUGGCCGAAAGACUGGUUGCGUUUGUGAAACUUGAUGUCUUCUCCUCAGUAGAGAUGCAGGCUACCACAAGCAUCGAGGUGGAAGAUUUGGAAAGCAAGCAAGUGUUUCAGGGGGAGAUGGAUCUGCUACGACUGUCACUCGCCGGUACCCUACCUCCACAUAUGGUACCUUCGAUCUACGUCCCAGUCUCCAGCAUUCCCACCACGCCUUUAGUAGCUGAAGCCAGACGACAAUUGGAGAACCUUGCCCGGUCUUUAAUCGGGAAAUCGGAACUGCUGCAAGAGGAAGUAUCAAACAAGAAGCAACCCAGAAACGACAUGGAGCGUGAUCUUCAGAGAGUCUGGGCUGAAGUGCUCCACCAACCGACAUCCAGAAUCGGAAUGGAUGACACUUUCAUGUCCCUUGGUGGGGACUCGCUGGCAGCCAUGCGGACUGUUGGACAAUGCCGCAAGAUUGGCAUCAAGGUCACAGUGCUCAUGCUCUUCAGAGACAAUAAUAUUGCUGCUAUCGCGGAGAAAUGUAGCAUGGCUUCUACCGCCGCAGUUCAUUCUCGUCAGCUCAUCGAAACUGUGGAUGGACAGCACUUUAGGUUGUCUCCGAUUCAGAAGCGGUAUAUGGAGCUAGAACCCGGUAACAGCGGGGUCCUGAACAAUCAGAGCAUUUUCUGUCGCGUCAGAAAAAGUGUCACCGCUGCUCAGGUGCGGGCUGCAUUCGAAAUCAUUGUAGAUCACCAUGCCAUGUUGCGCGCACGAUUCUCCCAGAGCUCAAAUGGGGAGUGGCAGCAGGCCACAAUGGCGCCUGGGAGUGGUUCAUACAGGUUCAGGGCACAUUCCCUGCAAAGCAUGGACGAAGAAAGCAUCACGCAGUAUGCUAAUGAGGCUGGGUCGUCCCUCAACAUCAUCACGGGUCCUAUAUUUUCGGUGGAUUUCUUCCAAAUUUCCAGCCAGGAUGGGACGGUGUUCUUGACCGCCCAUCACCUGGUCAUAGACAUCGUAUCUUGGCAACUGAUACUGCGCGAUUUUGAGGACUACAUGGAGAGCGGUAAGCUGAUGAGUUCAUCAGAUAUCACAUGGCAGCAAUGGUGCAGUAUGCAAGAGGCUGAAGCUAGGAGCCAAACUUCAGCAGGCCAUGUGUUCCCUCUCGUGGUACCUCCAAACAUGUUCCAGUAUUGGGAGGUUCCUGCCAAUGAGAACAUUUUUGCCGAUGAGGUAGUACAGUGCUUCGAACUCCCCGCUGUUACUACCGACCUUGUCCUUGGCAAGAGCAAUUUGGCAAUGGGGUUCACCUCACUGGAUAUUCUCCUUGGAUCCCUUCUGUCUGCUUUCCACCAGGUAUUUCCCGACAGGGACGUUCCGUCUGUCAAUAUUGAGCAUCACGGCCGCGAAUCCUGCGAGGGUGCUGAUGUUGACUUGUCGCAAGUGGUAGGAUGGUUCACCACUAUGUAUCCAGUUCAUGUUGCCUUCGAAGCGAGUACUACCUCUAUAGACGCCACACAGCUAGUCAUGGAACAGCGUCGGAGGAUUCCCCGCAACGGCCGGCCAUAUUUUGCCUACCGCCACUUAAAUGCUGAUGGAGCUGCUACCUUUACGGACCAUGAGCCGUUGGAGCUACUCGUCAAUUAUACUGGCGUCUUCCAGCAAAACGGAUCUAGCGACAGUGCGAUCCAGCUGGACUCUCGUAUCAAAAAUACGGUCAUUGAUAUAGAUAAGCAACAUCACCGAUGGGCUAUGAUCGACGUGGAAAUCGGCGUUUAUGUGGGGAUUAUGUCUGUGAGCUUUCAUCUCAACAGGAAAAUGCGACAUUUCGACCGGAUCCAACAGUGGAUUGAGAGGUAUAGACUAAUCGUCAUGGAGACCGCCCACGCCUUGUCGAAGAAGUCCUCACAGCGCUCGCUCGGGGAUUUCCCGUUGCUUGAUAUCGGCUCCGACCAGCUGAAUACACUGCUCUCCAAGGACCUCCCCCAGCUCGGCAUUGACUCCCUGGAUAACGUCGAGGAUAUUUUGCCACUGUCACCUUUCCAGAAGUAUUCGAUCGAAUCCAACUUGGCUGCACCGGCGAGGCACUGGAUCACAUACUAUGUUGAUUUACCCCUCGAUGUGGAUGUUGCCAGGCUGAGGCAUGCGUGUAUCGAUAUAGUUCGUCACUACUCUAUCCUUCGCACCAUUUUUGUCAGGCACGGCAGAGGGUUCCUCCAAGUAGUUCUCAAGCAUGUGGAGCCUCCGGUGGAAUUCUACCAGUCGAGGGACGACGAGAUUGCUGAGUUUAUGGCGCGCGUGUUCCAAACGGACCUGGACGGACUUUCACCACUGGGUCAUCCAAUUGUACACUUCAUGGUCCUCCGCACACCCAAACAUGCUCGCCUGCUUUUGCGCUGCUCCCAUGCUCAACUCGACGCGCUCAGUCGCACGGGCUUCAUCAGGACUUUCGUGCCACUGUACGAAGGCCGAUCGACUCCUCUUUUGCCGUCUGUCGGCUACUCCGAAUUCAUGCGCCAUGCUCGCCAGCAUCGUCAGGAAGGCAUUAGCUACUGGCGCAUGCUGCUAUCAGGGGCAAAGCCUACCACGAUUGUGAACGCGGCUGAUCCGCCCGCUUUCGAGGACACUGGUCUGAUCCGAGUAGAGAGAAUGAUGCCACAGCUCCGCUCGCUAGACAAUGUCACAUCCGCGUCUGUAUUCAAUGCCGCCUGCGCGUUGUUGUUACGCUCGAUGACAAAAUCCCCAGAUGUGACGUUUGGGCGUAUAACCUCGGGCCGCACCGCGCUUGAUCCCGAGCUUCAUGACAUGGUCGGACCAUGCACGGACAUCAUCCCGGUUCGUGUGCAGUUUCGCGACGGAGGCUCCCGCCCCUUGGACAUCGUGCGUGAGGUGCACCAGCAAUUUGUCAACUCCAUCCCCUACGAAACUGUCGGCUUGGACGACAUUAUCCGUGAUUGCACGAACUGGUCCACUUCAAUGGCCAAAUUCCCCGUUAUCACCCAGCAUAUCAAUCACGAGGAGGAAUCAGCAGCCGAACUAUCCACAGGCGGCGAGUUUCAGCUGAAUGUGUGGGAUCCUGUGGACGCGGAUCCAUUCCCUUGGAGUUUCUGCCUGGCUGCGUUUCCAAGCCGGGCCGGUGUGCGCAUAUCUCUAGCUGCGAACACUCGGUACAUUGAGCCCGCGGUUAUUGAACAGGCUCUGAAGGGUUUGUGUGCUAUCCUUGAGAGCCUCGCACAACAUCGGGAUGUUUAGGGAAAUUUGACGGGUGCAGUGAUGUAUUUUGAGCGUAACAAAGGAUUGCAAAAGUUUCAAGAACAAUUUGUAGCUUGGAGUACUGAGGUUUCAAAUACGCACAAUUUAGCAGAGCUGUCUGGCCCCAAGCCUUCAACCAGAUACAUCACUAGACUCAAGAAAGAUGUGGAGACAGAGUAGACGAAAUAAAUGGCUUUCAUAUCUUGUAUCAAGACGAACAAUCAGAUAGAAUUCUGCGCGUGAUCUCUGCAGAAUGAUCCAUCCCAUGCAGGCAUGUGAAAUUCGGCGAGCAAGAGAAGCGGACAGGGUUUCGUGGAGGAUCACCUCACCUGG